AUGAAGAUUGCUUUGGUAUGCAGCCUGGUGCUUGGCGCCGCUUUCGUUGUGAAAGCCUGCGACCUCUGCGCCAUGGAGCCCGAGAAGAUGGCUACUACCGUGACUUGCAUGAGUGAAAAGAUAUCCAAUGAGCUGAAGGAGAAACUUAUGGUGCUAAACAAGGACGGACUGUCGCUUCCGGAGUUCAUCAAGAAGAACUGUGAUGCGGGAACUGAUUUUAAAGCAGUUUUGGAGAAUACCCUGAGCGAGGAAGAGAUGGGUUCAAUGAAGAAGGCUUAUGACGAGUGCACCGCCGCCUAG